AGAGAAUGCUCGUGCUCUCAUGCGCCGCUCUUUCCGUCUCUUCUUCUCGCCUUCCAGCUGUCUCGACGUCCGUUCGCCUUCCAGCCGGCAGCGCUGGACACCUCCUUCUCGACAGGCGCACCGCCUUGCGCUUGCCCUUCGCAGCGGCAGUGUCCGCGGCGGCGGCACUGCGACCGUCUCCGGCGGCUGCCAUCGACCUCACACUGGAUGUGAGUGGUUUGCGCUGGGCAGACAUUCGGCAGGGCGUCGGCGGCGUGCCGCGGGACGGCGAGCGAGUCACGGUCGAUUACAUGAUGACGCGAAACAUUGGCGUGACUCCGAUGGCCGGCGGGAAGAUCUACAGCACAAAGGACUCGCAGCAGCCCUUCUCGUGGGUGCUCGGGGACGGGAGCGUCAUCGAGGGGCUCGACAUGGCCGUCCUUGGCCGCGGCGGCAUCCCUCCGAUGAAGCCGGGCGGCAUCCGCCGAGUGCUCAUUCCGCAGCAGCUUGGAUACGGCGUCGGGCGAGGCGUCUUCCAGGACAACACCGCCGCCAGAGUCGGAGUUCGGUCGCUGCUGCCUGUGCCUCCGGUCGGGUUUGAGUGGAGGGACAAGCAGGGGGAUGUCGUCAACGCAUACGCGCGCUUCAAGGACCUGUACAUGAACGAGAUGCGCCUCGACGAGCCGGGCCUGCUGCUGGACGUGAUCCUGAGGCCGCAGGAUGCGGCGCCGGAGGCUGCAGCGGAGAGCGCAGUCGCGAUGGGCGGUGCGGCCCCGCCGAGCAGCCCGAACGAUCAAACGUGAUCAAGGCGUCAUCGGCGGUGGAGACUAGAGGAAGAACGCGUCUCGUUCGUUUCGUUUUGCAAUAUUCGGGUCGGUGCGGUGUCCUGGCCGCGGGUUGGUAAUGCACAACUUUUGUCGUUACCUUUGCAGGGGCGGCCAGGACCCCGGACACUGCCCAGUGCCAGUGGCGUAUUUAUUACGUAAUCGCGUUGG